AUGCGGUGUGCAGGCGACCUGGCGUUGGAGGACGAGUUUGCUGAGGCCGUGGACGAAGUCGGAAAGGAGAUUGAUGUCUCGAAGGACGGCGGUGUGCGCAAGAUCAUCAAGAAGGUUGGGGCCGGCUACGAGGUCCCAGAGAAGGGCGACAAAGUCACAGUGCACUACACUGGGACUCUGGAAGACGGCACAAAGUUUGACUCUUCUCGGGACAGGGACGACCCCUUCACCUUCACCCUUGGCCAAGGCCAGGUCAUCAAGGGAUGGGAUCUGUCCGUGGCAACCAUGAAGAAAGGGGAGUCGGCCACCGUGAUCAUCCGCGGGGAUUAUGGCUACGGAGCAGCCGGCAGCCCCCCCAAGAUCCCGGCGAAUGCUACCCUCCACUUUGAUAUCGAGCUGCUGAGCUGGCGGAGUGACAAGGACCUCACCGGUGACGGCGGGGUGAUCAAGACCAUCCUGGCCGAGGGCAAGGGCUGGGCCAACCCCGGGAAGGAUGACGUCAUCACGCUGGAGCUCAAGGCCACGUCUCUGGAGGGCACCGACACGGUGUACACCUCCCCCGAGGGCGGCUACCAAGUGACCCUGGCGUCCGGGGGCGCGGACGCUCCCUUCUUCUGCCGCGCCCUGGAAGUGGCACUGCCCGAGAUGAAGAAGGGGGAGCGAGCCACACUGGUGGUGAAGCCGCAGUACGGCCCGGUGCAGGGCCCUGGGGCGGGCGAGGCGCUGGAGAUCGAGGUCACCCUGGUGGACUGGCAGAAGGUGGAGCGGCUGCCGGGGGGCGUGGUGAAGCGGACCCUGGUGUCCACCGACGAGUGGCAGACGCCCAACGAAGGCGCGACUGUGACCCUGGCCUACACGGCGCGCCUGGCCGUCGAUGGCACGGUUUUUGACGAGCGGACCACUGAGAGCCCGCUUGUCGUCGAGACGGACGCAGAUGCCCUGCCAGAGGGGCUGGAGGCCGCGGUCAUGAAGAUGAAGAAGGGCGAGAAGUGCGUUGUGAUGGUGCCGGCGGCGCUGGCGUAUGGAUCAGAGGGCUCCGACCAGCCGAUGGCGAGGGUCCCCGCCGACGUCGAUGUGGAGUAUGAAGUCACGCUGGUGGACCACAAGCAGGCCAAGGGCUCCUGGGAGAUGUCCACGCCCGAGAAGAUUGCGGCGGCCAUCGCCCGCAAGGAGAAGGGGAAUGCGUACUUCAAGGCCGGGAGGGUGGGACGUGCGGUGCGCCAAUGGAACCAGGCCGAGGAGAUCAUCAAGUAUGACGACGCCUUCAGCGCCGAGGAGAAGGAGGAGUCGCGCGCCGUGAAGAAGUCGGUGCAGCUGAAUCUGGCUGCCGCGCACUUGAAGGAGGGGUCCUGGACGGAAGCGCGCAAGGCCGCCACCUCGGUCCUGGACCACGACAGCUUCAACCUGAAGGGCCUGUUCCGCAGGGCGCAGGCCUACCUCGGCACCUUUGACUUUGUGGAGGCGGAGCAGGACAUCAAGAAGGGCCUGGGAGUGGACCCAAACAACGCAGACUUCAAUGCGCUGCACCGCAAGUGGAAGGUGGCUCAGGCGGCUGCCGGCAAAGCGGAGGCCAAGCUCUACAGCAAGAUGUUCGCCCCGCGGCCCUCAGCCGCCCGCCCGCAGGCCGCAGAGGCAGCGCCGGCUGCUGAGGUGGCGCCAGCUUCAGAGCCCAUUGCCGCUGUCUGA